GGACGACUGAGCAGCUCCUGAACGCCCCUCCUCCCCCAGAGACGCUGGUCUACGGCUACAUUUAGAACCACUUUCUCUUACAGAAACCUAACGGCUGGCUGAGCGACACACCAGGCCACCGAAGCGGGAUGACUUCUGAGUGUUCCCCCACGUGCUGCUCUUCUGAAUCCUGUGCCAGGGCUUCUGAAUGUGCCUUUGCUCCAACCUGCUCCAUGGAAACCACUUGCCUCCCCAGCACCCCUGCUACAUCCAGACGCCAGACUCCUAGCUUCCUACCCAGGUCUCGCUUGCCAGCUGGUUGCCUCACACCAUGCUACUUUGCUGGGAGUUGUAAUACUCCGUGCUUGGUGGGGAACUGUGCUUGGUGUGAGGAUGGGGUGUUCAACAGCAAUGAGAAGGAGACGAUGCAGUUCCUGAAUGGCAGACUCGCCAGCUAUCUGGAGAAGGUGCAUGGCCUGGAGGAGAUGAAUGCAGAGCUGGAAUGCAGGAUCCGAGAACAAUGUGAAGAGGCUAUCCCACUGGUGUGCCCCGAUUAUCAGCGUUACUUCGACACCAUCGAAGAGCUCCAGAAAAAGAUCUUGUGCACGAAGGCAGAGAAUUCUAGACUUGCCGUUCAGCUUGACAACUGCAGACUGGCUGCCGAUGACUUUAGGUCAAAGUACGAAUCGGAACUGUCUCUUCGCCAGCUGGUAGAGACAGACAUUGGCGGCCUGCGUGGGAUCCUGCGUGAGCUGACUCUGUGCAAAGCUGAUCUGGAGGCCCAUGUGGAAUCUCUGAAGGAAGAUCUCCUUUGCCUUAAGAAAAACCACCAAGAGGAGGUCAACUUGCUUCAUGGACAGCUGGGUGACCGACUCAGUGUGGAGCUGGACACUGCCCCCACCAUCGACCUCAACAGGGUCCUGGAUGAGAUGCGUUGUCAGUAUGAAACAGUGCUCGCCAACAACCGCAGAGACGUGGAAGAAUGGUUCGCUGUUCAGACCGAGGAGCUGAAUCAGCAGCAGUUGUGCAGCGCGAAGCAGCUGCAGGGCUGCCAGACAGAGAUCCUGGAACUGAAACGCACAGCCAAUGCUCUGGAAAUUGAGCUCCAAGCACAGCAAAGCCUGACAGAAGCUCUGGAAUGCACCGUGGCAGAGACGGAGGCCCAGUACAGCUCCCAGCUGGCCCAGAUGCAGUGCCUGAUUGAUCAUGUGGAGGCCCAGCUGGCUGAGAUCAGGUGUGACCUGGAGCGGCAGAACCAGGAGUGCGAGCUGCUGCUCGACACAAAAGCCCGGCUGGAGUGUGAGAUCAACACGUACCGGGGUCUCCUUGAGAGUGAGGACAGCAGGCUUCCCUGUAACCCGUGUCCUGCCGUAAGCACAUCAAGCAACACUUGUGAGCCAUGCUCGGCGUAUGUGAUUUGCACAGUCGAAAACUGCUGUACAUGAAUCCUAACCCCCCUGCGCAGCAGAUGGAGGAAUCAAAGCCACAGUGUCCUGGAAAGGAGAUGUGGCUUCAAUCACAGACAUCCAAGCCUGAAAGUCAAGAAGGCGUUUCUAUCCUAAAAUUGACCUCUAAACAUCCUCACUCUAUUUCUGCUUUAUCAUUUCCUCUCCUGCCUGCUUAUUUGUGAUAUUCUAGGAGUCUAUAAAACU